GAGGCAGCGCAGAGAAGAAAACUAGGCAUUGGUUUCUCUCUCUAGCUUGGACGAGUGAAUUAGAUUCAUCAUCAAGAUGUCGUCUCUGAUAGCAGAAGAUGUGAAGAGCAGAUCAGAGGUGUACCACGGGGACGAAAUGUGCCAAGUGAAGUCCAAGGAGCUUCUCAAGGAAAUCGCCCUCCCCAACGGCCUUCUUCCCCUCAAGGACAUGGAGGAGUGCGGCUACGACAGACAAACCGGCUUCGUCUGGCUCAAACAAAAGAAGAGUUACACCCACAAGUUCGACAAGAUCGGAAAGCUUGUCUCCUACGCGCCCGAGGUAACUGCUCAUGUCCAACAAGGUAAAAUUACCAAACUCACCGGGGUUAAGACCAAGGAGCUCUUGCUCUGGAUCACGCUCAGUGAUAUCUAUGUUGAUGACCCUCCCACUGGCAAAAUCACCUUCAAGACCCCUGCCGGCCUAUUUAGGUCUUUUCCUGUCUCCGCUUUCGAGAUUCAGGAGGAGCCUGAGGCUAAGGACACUACUAAGCGCGUGCCGGAUACCGCUGAGCCUGUGCAAGUCAAGGAACUCUGAUUUUAUUCUCAAACAAGGUCGCCGUGGUGGUUAGCGUGCAAAAUAUAUUUAUAUAUAUAUAUAUGUUUAUUAAUAAGUUUAUUUAUGUUACCUUUUAUGUUAAGCUUUCAGAUAUUGUGCGGCUUUAUUGCUAAUUAACCAUCAUCUCCUUGUUCUGGCUUUGAAAAGAAAAUGGAUUACGAUAUUGUUAUUUCUUUCAUA